ACACACAUGAAAGAUGGAAGAAAUCCAAAAGGGGGAGAACGGGAAGAAGAAGAGAAGUGAGGGAAGGAAGGAAAGGACGACUCCGCCGCUGUCGUUGUUGAGCAUCAGUGAGAGAGAGAGCUCGAGGAAAAGAGAAAACGCGAUGGAGGAGAGAAGAAGGGGGUGCUUCGUCGCUACUGAAGCUCCAUCGCCAUUGCUAGGGCUUGUUGCCAUCGCCGUUCUGCCACCGUCGGGCUGCUGUGCUGCCGCCGAGGAGCUCGAAGGGAUGUCUCGCUGCCGUCGUGCUCUGUCGCCAAGCCGUUGCGUCGCCGCUCAUCUCUUCUUCACCGUCGCCGCUCAUCACCAUCGUCGUAUCCUCUGUCACCAGUUCGAAAGUGGGUAUGGUUUUGAUAGUGAUGAUAAACUGCAACGGCUAAUUAAGAUAGAGAAGGUAUGUAUCAAUUUUCAAUUGGUUCUGUGA